CUUGACUUCCGGUCGUUAUGUAAACAAUGAAGAUGGCGGCCUCCUGUGUGUGCCGUGCCGUCCUCAGUCAGACCCUGAAUAGAUUCAGGUCUGUGGGAAGAGACCUAAUCCGGAUCUCAGCUCUGCACCGGACUCACCUGGACCACAGGUGAGUCAGAGGCACGUGCAGCCGUGAGUCUGUGACCGGAAAACGCUCGGCCUGCUGGGUAAAAAUCAGCAGACAUGAGUCUGGGAGGAACUUUCAGAACUCACAGAGAGGAGGAGGAGGAGUACUGUGGGCAGCAGUCGCCUUCUCUCUGUUCAGUAACUCUGAUGAAGAUCAACGUGAUGAAGCUCAGAGGAAAGAGGAUGAGAUGAUCCUGCUGCUGAAGAAGGCGAAGCUGAGUCUGAUCCGGGGUCAGCUGCAGGCAGCCUCCAGUCUCCUCCAUCAGGCCGUGGCUUUGGCUCAUCAGACCCACAACAACCAGGCCAUCAUCUACACCUACAGCCUGAUGGCGAACCUGGCCUACGUUCAGGGUCACCUAGACCAGGCAGAGAAACUCUUCAAAGCAGCGAUGAGCUUCAUGUUGUCAGGAGGAACUCCUCAGGACGACAACGCCGUCAUCGAGAUGUCUCUGAAACUCGCCACCAUCUAUGCUGAACAGAACAAGACGGAGCUCGCUGAACACGGCUUCAGGUUCUGUAUGGAGUCUCUGGAGGCCAAACUGGACAAACAGAAGGAUGUGCCAGCAGAGGAGCACACAGAGGAGCAGGAGGCUCUGAGGAAGGAGACCCGCCUCCUCCUUGGCCUGUGUUUAGACUCACGGGCUCGAUACCGAGCAUCAACACGACACCUGAACCAGGCCGGACAGGACUACCUGAACGCCCUGAACAUCUGCCGCCAGGAGCAGGGAGAGACACACCCACAGACUCUGGUGCUGAUGAGUGACCUGGCCACCAUCUUGGAUCUGCAGGGUCGCCACGACGACGCACUGGUGCUGGUACAGCAGGCCAUGGAUCUGAGCCGGUCUGCCGGACACCCAGACCAGCACGUUCUGCUGGGAAACCUGGCCGGGAUCCUGCUGCACAAAGGCCAACUGGACGACUCUGUCCGGUUCUACCAAGAGGCUCUGAGUCUGGCCCGGCAGGCUGGAGACCAGGAGGCUGUGGACAGGAUCCAGGAGGGCCUGAAGGAGGUGAAGAAGAGGAGGGAGGAGGAGGCUGCAGAGGAGUGACCUCAGGAAGUCCUCCAGUCCGUCUGUUUACCUUUGACCCCUGUGACCCUUCCUCUGCCGCCUCCAUCAGGGCAGCCAGUCCUGAUCCUGGUCCACAGACCAGUUCAUGGUGUGAGGAAGAACCGAUCUGAACUGGUCCCAUAAAAACCUGGUCUGUGAUCCAGAGUUCAGACUGUGAACUGAUCCAGUCCUGUUCCUGUUUCUGUGGUGAAAUAUGAAACAUUAAAUCAGAGAGAGUCUGAGUCCUCA